CGCGCGUUUCCUCUUCCGCCGACGCGGUACGUGCCUCGUUUUCCCGGAGUCGCCGAGUUCCCUGUCCAGCUCUCUGCACUAUGUCGGGUGGCCUCCUGAAGGCGCUGCGCAGCGACUCCUACGUGGAGCUGAGCCAGUACCGGGACCAGCACUUCCGGGGUGACAAUGAAGAACAAGAAAAAUUACUGAAGAAAAGCUGUACGUUGUACGUUGGAAAUCUUUCCUUUUACACAACUGAAGAACAAAUCUAUGAACUCUUCAGCAAAAGUGGUGACAUAAAGAAAAUCAUCAUGGGUCUGGAUAAAAUGAAAAAAACAGCAUGUGGAUUCUGUUUUGUGGAAUACUAUUCACGAGCAGAUGCAGAAAAUGCCAUGAGGUACAUAAAUGGAACUCGUCUGGAUGAUCGGAUCAUUCGCACAGAUUGGGACGCCGGCUUUAAGGAGGGCAGGCAGUAUGGACGUGGGCGAUCUGGGGGCCAGGUACGAGAUGAGUAUCGGCAAGACUAUGAUGCUGGGAGAGGCGGCUAUGGAAAACUGGCACAAAACCAGUGAGUGGUGAGAGCUCUGAAAAACUCCUUUGGUUUGUUGAAUUUGUUGAAGAACAUUACACCCAAGGUCUUCAAACCAGCUUAGUUUUACGAAGCUUUGAUGAGUAUCUCUACUGAGCUGGAAGCAAGGACAGAAUUCAAAAGAAUGCCUUUUAAUUCUAGUAUUAGAAUCCUGGCCAUCUGCCAGGUUACCAGAAUGAUUUUCUGUGACCAGGUCAAAAACUGUAUUCCUUGGCAACAGAUUUGAUCUAUAAUGUUGAUUAAAACACUAUACUUCUUUUAGGAAGACUGGAAAAAUUUAGAAAUUUGUUUUACCAUGUUUGAGUCUUAAAUAGGUUCAUGAUCUAUACUGGGGCCUGGAAUUAUUGUUUUAAGUUUGCAUGAGAUAAAGUUUAAUAAAUGGAAUUUUGCUAUGUUGUAUAGCUUUGCUCUAAAUUAGGAAUAGGUAUUUCACACUGAAUUUGUUUUCUAUGAAUUCUGACCUCUAAAGGAAAACUUAGUAGUCAAGGAACCUUCCUAAAUAGUUGGUGCAAAAGCCUGCCUUAGACUGUCCCAGAGGACACCAAGCUUCCGUGCUUUACAUAUCAGAGAAGUAGGUGCAGGGCUUGAAGAGUAUUUACUAAAUGUAUUUUUCAAAAAAUGUAAAUAUUAUGCCUAAAAAUAAAUAAGUUUGUAAUGUGGAGAACCUCAAAUACUCUUGGGGGGGGGGGAGACAUUGUCAAUAGGAAAUGGGAUGAAAUACCAGAGACACAAGUUAAAACAUUGCCUUGAUAUGAUGACGGUUGCUGUCAGAGCCAUCUGAUUUAUUCUUUUCACUUUCAGUGAUCUUGGGAAUGGAGUGGGUUUUAAAAAAGAGCUUGAAGACUGAGAGAAUGCUUAACAAAAACAAUCAGAAGCUCCCUGCAGGAGAUGUCUGUUCUAGCCAAUUCUCACACUGAAGUCUGUUUUCUUUCCCAAAUUGUGCUUACUGAGGUUCAAGCCUUGAUAGUGAGCUGAUAGUCUCUAUAGAGAGGGGAGUCUAGAGGAUUUAUUUUGCAUUCAUAAGGCAAGAGGUGAUUUCUCUAAUGUUGUGAGCUUCUUGCUCAUUUAAAAGUGUUAAGUCUAGUAUAAUUUUCCCUGAUGUGGAAAAAAUGUAAGUUUUUUUCAUUUAGCAACAAAGUGUUUUCUAACUUGCAGUAGUUUGUGGAAGUUGGGGCUGAAGCACCUCAGUGUGAACACGUUUUGUGUUUGUAGGUUUCUCACUGAAUUCAAACUGGUCACCUGAAUUGUUUAAAGUGCUUAGAAAGAAUAUUUGUAAACAUUUAAUUUAAUGACAUAUUCAUUUUUAAAACUUCUUUUUACACUGUAGUUUGAAUGAAUGUAUUUUAUAUUCUUUUGUAGUAAAAUAUAACUCAGAUUUCUACAAGCCUGAAAACCACAAACAAUGAUUCUUAUUUGAAUUGUGUCUUCUGUAACAGGUUUCAAUAAAGUUGGACCAACUUAUUGUUUCUUCUUUCCUAUCCUGUAAAGGACAUGUUCUGGAAUUUCCUCUCAUUCUAUCUGUGAAUGAGUUCUGGGAGUUAUUUAUAAAUAAUGUACAGAAUUUUCUUCCAUUUUGAUUUGAUAGUCACAGUAAGUUAUAGUUUCAUGUAUGGGAAAGAAUGGCUGUUCUCAUCAAAAUAAAAUAUGCAUCAAGCAUAUUUCUUUAUUAACAAAGAAUAGAUUCAUUGUCCAGUUAUUCUCUGGAUGACUGGAGAAGGAAAAUUGGGGUUUGAAUUAAAAUGACUUUGUUUCUUGGGCUUGGAGACACUAAAUAUGACAACAGUCUUUCCUCUGUCCCCUUGUUUGCUCUUUC